AUGACAGGACAACAGCUAUGCCAAACCAACCGGGUUGCACAGCGCGGCGUUGUGGGUAUCGCUCAUUCUAGUUUCCUCACGACGCAAUUAUCAGAAAAGCCUUUAGGGGAAGAUGGUGUCGGAGAUUCCAGGAACGCAAAGGAGGAAGAAGGUCAGCAUGUUGGUGGGAGUCCUUGGAUUGAGAGCCGACAAAUCGAUGAUUAUGGCCUCAUCCUUGGGGAUAUUCUUACAAUUAUUCUUGCCUCCCAAUUAAUGGGUCUUCUUGAUGCCUUGAAUGCCCCAGACUUUGCCCAACAGGGAGGUUGGUUCCAACCCAUUCCAUCAGUUCCAUCGACGCUUGGAACACUAGUCGAACGCAUCUCAACGCUGAGCUUGGUAUGGCUCCUGUCAGCAUUUUCGGAAGAAGAAUCAUACACCUUCGAUGCCAUUGAAAACGAAAAGUCAUCUAUUUUCGUCGCCUUGACUAUAGCAGUCAACUUUGUGGCCCUGCGUUGCAUAUUGGCAGUGGUCUUGGCGGCGACUAGUGGAGGCAGCACUUUUGACGGCAACAUUUUCGACAGCAAACAACUGGUACUAGUUUUGCGUGAUUGCUAUUUUGUGGUCUUAGGUUUGCCUACCUUUCGAUUCAUAUAUACCAAAUAUUGGCCUCGAUGA